CCUGGCUCAGUUUCUGCUACGCCGAAGGGACCCUCUCUAUCUGUUCCACAUCCAAACCAAUCAGAGGUGAGGGGGCAGUCAACGGCAUACAAAUAAGCAUCUGCUUUCCUGCUGUUGAACACAUCCGUCAAGAUUUCAUCCGUGUCAGAGGCCGACAUCCUGGUCCUCGAAUGACAGUCACUUCCAUCUGCGGGAACAGAAACAGGUCCAUGCAAAAGGACACAAUGUAUGCUGUUUGGGUAGCGCCACUACUUCUGAUCAUUGCAAUCUGUCCGACAUGGGCUCAAGCAGGGGCUAAAGAGCCGGAGGCGAUGUAUGCUCAGGUGGGAAAAUCGGUCCGGUUCCCCACAACAGAUGCUAUAGAGGAUGGAGUAUACAUGACCUGGUACUGGACUGCAACAUGGCCGAAUGACAAACCGCAAGAGGUGUUCAGCAAGCACGGCUUGGGUGGAACCGAUAUAAAACCCCCUUGGAAGAACAGGGUCUCUGUACCCGACCCUGACUAUUCCCUCACCAUCAACAAAGUUAUUGGCUCAGACUUUGGAUACUUCAAGUAUGAACUGAAAGAGAAGCAAACCAAAAACGCAGAAAAAGUGUACCGACUGUACGAGGUAACCCUGGCUCCUUCCUCAGUGGUUCUCUCUGGAGCCACACUAGCUCUGACCUGCCAGGUGAAAUCUGGAACUGGAGCAAAAUUAACCUGGUUCCCCCCAGAGACCGCAGACAGUACACGAAAGACUGAUGUCCCUCGCCCAGCCUUUAGAAGCUCUACACUUACAUUAGCAAAUAUGUCAGGGCGUGAUAAGGGUGUUUGGACCUGUUCAGUUAAUGGACACAAAGCUGAUGCAACAACCACCAUUCAUGUUAUAGACCUCUCUCCAUCACCCAAAGAGCCCAUCUACACGUCUGUCCAUGCCACCUCCCAACUCCAGCUGCCCUGCUCUAUCUCCUCUCCGGUGGGAUGGGAGAUGGUCCUGAGCAAAGGCCUCCAGGGAGGGAGCUGGAGUUUCCUCCCUGACCCAGGCCUUGAGCAGGGCCCCAAGGAACCACGUCUGCUCGCCUCUCUCCCCGCAAAUUCCACCCGACACUGGAACAUCACGGCAGGCAGCGGGAUGGACGGCUCUGCCCUGCAGAAAGGACCCCAGGGGAACAACCUGUCUUUGAGUAAGAAGGCUGUGACAACACAGGACAGGGGUACAUACACCUGUGCACUGAGCUUCAAGACAGUCAAUCUGGAGCGGGUCAUCAAGGUGGAGGUUCUACAGGUUUUUGCCAGGCCGAGCACCUCUGCCUUUGAGGGUCAGUCACUGAAUCUCACCUGCACACUGGGACACAGCCUGGCCCCCGAGCUGGAAGUCAAGUGGAUCCCUCCGAAGACCGCCCCCCUCCCCGCUAUGGGCUCCUCUCCUCAGGCCCACACCCUCUUCAUCGCCAAGGUGUCUGUGGGUCAGAAUGGGAGGUGGAGGUGUGAGCUGCGGAGGAAUGGCACGGUCCUGACAUAUGCAGACGUGCUGCUCAAGAUAGAGCGCGUCCCGGUGGAUGUGUGGCUGUGGGUGGGCAUCGCCAGCACCGGCCUGAUUGUCAUCCUGCUCAUCUUCAUCGGCAGGUCCCUGAUGAGACGCUACAGACAGCGGAGAAGGACACAGAGGCGUAAGACCAGAUUCUGCUGCUGCAAAGACCCUAAUCCGCAAAAAGGAUUCUACAGGACCUGAAUGAGAGAAAGGACCUUUCUUGGACAAGGACAUUUUGGCUGUCAUUGUCAUCAUUGACAUCACACAUUUUAUUAAUGGUUCACUGGACAGAAGAAUAGAGUUAAGCGAGAACCCAGCAUCUUCAAAGUACCUGUCAAAUAUACAAGAAACUCGUUUAAUAACAUUUGAUCGCAGCUGAGUGAUUAGUCUGGAGGUUGGUCCUCGAUAAGAACAUCGCUUUCUCUAAAUAUAUUUUUUUGACAAUAUAUUUUCCAACAAUUACUUACUUUUAGCAUAACUCUGUAUAAAAGAUUUAUAUGUACAUAUUUGCAAUGCCACUCUAACAGUUUAAAUAUGCUUAUUUGCCUCUGUACACAUUUAAGCUUCACUUUCAAAUAAAGAAAUUAGUGAGUGUU